ACCCAGCUUUAAUAUGCUGGCUAAAGCUCGUUUUCUUGGGAGAAUUUUAUACAUCUUGCGUCACUUUUACCUAUCAUAAACCGAUAAAAUCGAUAAUCUUUUUCUUACUAACCUGUCCCGGUAGUAUCCGUUUAGCUCCCGUUCCUCUCCGCCGUUCAAUCACCCGACUUUUAAAGGGCGUCCGAUCUCAAACUUUUUUUUUCAAUUUGGACUGUAGCUGAGUGACUCGAAGAAAGCUUGCCUACUAACUCACCCUUUCAAACACGAUACGCGCACGAUACACGGGUCUCGGAUCACCUAACAUACAAACAUCCCUACGAAAACAUUUAAUUCUUUCCUAUGAACUUGCAAUAUUACAACUACCGUUUAACCUCUCGCGGUCCCUACCUAUCCAGGCUACCAUAGCAAUUGUAGUCUGGUUUGUGUCAAAAUCAACUUUCACACACAACCAUACUCAACUACAUUAAACUCGAUUAUUUCCCACAAUGACUAUCUUCCUAGCUUCAUUGUUUCUACCAAAAACUGUCUACUUCAAGCUGCCGGAUGCGCCACCCUCCAUUGAGCGUCAAACCUACCGGCAGAACAACAAGAAGAAAGCAUCGAAACGCCCCCCUCUCGAGCUUCGUACUAGCCUCUUUCCCGACCCCGCUAUCACCCCUCCUAGGACACCCGAUGAGCAAGAUGCCUACCUCGACGAUGGGCUCUUUAUAAACGAGGACGGUCUACGUGUAUUAAACGUAUCGGACGAUGAAGAAUUCAGGGCCCCGGCCGAUAAAGAAUCGCCAAAAUGGGGCGGUAGAGCGAACCAGCCGAAAUCCCGAGCGAAUUCACCACCUCCAGCUUCUCUCCUAGAGCAUGCUAGGACCCUGGAAAAAGCUAAAGAGCUUGGCCGACAAGGAGUUCUCCAACCUCGAUCGAGCCGAAGCGACAGCCACGACAGAGUUUUUGCCCACGCCAAUUGGCGCAUAGUAAAUGCCGACCAAGGCAAUGGUGGCCUCCGUAAUGCGGCUGACGCUGCGGCUCGCGAUGUCCAUGGAGAAGAGUACUCUUGGGUAGGUACUCUGGGCAUGCCAACGGACGCGCUCAAAGGAACGCAGCAGAAGGAUGAUAUCAACGACAGAUUCAUUACCGAGUUCAACAUGUAUCCCGUUUUCUGCUCGGAUAAGGAUUUCGACGGACAUUAUCUACAUUUCUGCAAGCAAAUUCUCUGGCCUGUCUUCCAUUACCAGAUCCCUGAUAAUCCAAAGAGCAAGGCAUAUGAGGACCACUCGUGGCAAUUCUAUGUUAACCUCAACCAAGCAUUUGCAGACAAGAUCGUGAAGAAUUGGAAACGAGGUGACACGAUAUGGGUCCACGAUUAUCACCUGCUCCUGGUACCGGGAAUGAUCCGCAAGAAGCUUCCGGAUGCGAAAAUAGGCCUAUUCCUUCACGUCGCCUUUCCAUCCUCCGAGGUCUUCCGUUGCCUAGCCGUCCGAAAGCAGCUGCUUGAAGGUAUGCUUGGCGCGAACCUGAUUGGUUUCCAAAUCCAUGAAUAUACGCGCCACUUCCUCCAGACGUGUAGUCGACUUCUCGCGGUAGAAGCGACACCCGACGGCAUCCAAUUAGAAGAUCGAUUCGUGAAUGUCAUGAAUCAUGCCAUUGGCAUUGAUCCUGUCAAUCUCAACGCCCACCGCGAGGAUGUGGAGGUAAUGAAGUGGAUUGAGAUCAUGCGAGACCGAUAUAAGGACAAGAAAAUCAUCGUCGCUCGCGACAAGCUUGACCACGUCCGCGGAGUUCGGCAGAAGCUGCUUUCCUAUGAGCUAUUUCUUAACAAGAAUCCUCAAUGGAGAGAUAAGGUUGUUCUGAUCCAGGUCGCGUUAUCUACUGGAGAGAAGACGGAUCUCGACGCUGCUGUGGGGGACAUUGUCACCAGGGUGAACUCAAACUGGGCCAACCUUGCGUACCUACCCCUUGUCUAUCUGAAGCAGGAUAUCCCAUACCCUCAAUAUCUCGCCCUUUUGACAAUUGCAGAUGCACUUAUGAUCACGAGCCAACGCGAGGGUAUGAAUCUCACAUCCCACGAAUUUAUUGUCUGUCAGGAUGGCAAAUACUCUGAGAAAAAGCAUGGAUCUCUCAUUCUGUCGGAAUUCACUGGGACCUCGUCACUUUUUGGCAACAAAGAGUUGACUGUUAACCCAUGGAGCUAUCGACAGUGUUCCGAGGCUAUCAAGCAAGCCCUCGAAAUGUCCGACGAAGAGAAAACGGAGCGAUGGGAUGCACUCCGCGAAAUUGUUAGCCACCAUACUGGAAGCCACUGGUUCUCAAAAUUCUUGUCGUCUCUCGACCAAGUCUAUGAGGAGCAGCACCGCCAUGAUCAAACAUCCGUUCCUCGAUUGAACUUGAACACCUUAGGGCAACGAUAUUCCCAAAGUCAACGUCGGCUCUUCUUCCUCGACCUAGAAGGAACUCUAAUUCCCUACGGCCCGAUGAACGAGAUUAUCCCGAUGAAUCCUCAGCGUACCUUAGAUGUAUUGAAUGAUCUAGUUGAAGAUACUCGUAACACCGUUUACGUUAUGUCUGGACGCCGACCAGAAGAGCUCGAUCGCCUCUUCCGCCUGGUUCCUAACCUAGGCCUCAUAGCCGAAAAUGGAUGCUUCAUCAAGAUUUCUGGGAAGAACUCCUGGGCCGAGGUAGCGGAUCACAACAGGGUCACCGCGUGGAAAGAGGCGGUUAAGGGGAUACUUCAGUACUACCUAGAGCGUACCCCCGGAUCGGAUAUCGAGGAUCGCAACUGCUCAUUGACAUUCCACUACAAGAAUGCCGACGACUACGCAAAUGCGGAGCGCCAAGCAAGCGAUUGGACCGGACAUAUCAACGAAUCUUGCGAGGAGCAACGAGUUCAUGCAACCCAGUUGGAUAACUGCGUUGUGGUCGAAUCAAUCGACUGGACUAAGGAGACAGCCGCCAUCCAAGUCUAUCAAGACACGGUCAAGCAAGCGCGGGAAUCUGAGGAGAACCCUGUAGACUUCCUCAUGGUUAUUGGCGACGGCCGUGAGGAUGAGAAAGUCUUCAAAUGGGCUAACAAUCUCAAUGGUAAUGGCGGGGUAAAGGAUGUUGUCACCGUGAGCCUGGGUAGCCGAAAUACCGAGGCUACCUCGACCCUAACGCAGGGUGUUAGUGGUGUUCUUGUUACACUACAAAAGUUGGCCGGGCUUUCUUAGGAAGAGAGGCGGUUUGUUUCGGCUUCUGCGAUGGAGCAGUUACGCUCAACAUUGCGGUAGCUGGUUGGCACUACUGGGUGCUUCAUGAUUUUAAUUGGACAUGGCGUUGGAUGCGGCUUAGUACCCCUAGUACUAGGUAUUGAUCUAGGAGGGUAAUUCGUAUAUUUCUUUUUACCUAAGCAAAGACUUCCCCUAUAAGGUCCUUGUACCAAAAUUAGGGAACUUAGCAUUAAAAUGGUGUUGGUGAGUUGGAAAGGUCUGCACGUUUUCCCUGGCAGAUCCCAUUUUAGAUCUGUAUUACUAUCCGCCUAAAAGCAAAGAUUUCUUUUUUUCUUUCUUCUCUCUUUUGUCAUGGCGGGAUAUAGAUCGGUCGGACUACAAAAACAACUUAGGCGCCGGUUACGUAGCGACAGGCGCACGCAUGCUACGAUGGGACGACGUUUGGAUCAGUUACUAAUGAACAUUGUUUUUGGUUGAAGAUAUUAUCGGAGGUCUAGAAUGUCCUGUACAUAGAGAUGGUGGUCCCGACGUUCAUUCGCGCGGAUCAGCUACAAGAGUGUACGAAAGAAAAGAAAAUCUCCUAA